AUAAAUGUUCGCUACAUGGGACUAUACGUUCAUACUUUCUGGUGGCGCCUACUCGCCUAGUACUUUGAGAAAAUAAAAAUUUAAGAAAUAAACAAAAGAAAGAUUUAAGUAAAAAAUGGCGAGAACACAAACAGUUCUUUUGAUUCAAUUAUUUUUAAUAAGCUGUUAUAAUGCUGUACCGAUUGAAAAUGAUCUUGAAGUAUUAGAUAAUAAUAGUAUAGAUAUGGCAGAGAACAGUAUAGAUGGCGCUGAUAACAGCAUUAACUUAUCACACCUGGGUUCAGAGGCGUUUGGAUCACCGAAGAAUGAAAGUGGCGAUGCACUAACUGAAUGGAAUGAGUCUUCCCUGAUGAACCCCGAGGAGAUGGGUUCAUACGCCGAGGGAGACAUCCUCAUACCGCACCCUCUCGGCAGGAACGGUGUACGGGAACAGAGUUCCUGGUGGCCCAACGGCAUCAUUCCCUACGUUAUUGAAGGAUAUUAUAAUCAGGAGCAACGCGAUUUGAUAAGGAAAGCUAUUGCGGACUACCACCGGCUGACUUGCCUUCGUUUUGUGCCGUACAAUGGGCAGAAAGACUACAUCACUAUACAGAGUGGGAAUACCGGUUGUUGGUCCAGCGUAGGCCGUAUCGGUGGACGACAAGAGGUGAACCUUCAAGCUCCCGGUUGCGUUUCUAAGAAGGGGACGGUAUUACACGAGCUGUUGCACGCGGUCGGCUUUAUGCACGAGCAGAGCCGUCCGGAGAGGGACGACUUCGUUACUGUAGUCUACAAUAAUAUCAAACCUGGUGCAGAGAAUAACUUCAGGAAGGCGGACAAAGAGCAUACCAAUGACUUCGGUGUUACAUAUGAUUACAACAGCGUGAUGCAUUACUCAGAAUAUGCCUUCUCCAGAAACUCCAAGAAGACAAUAGAACCUAAGGUCAGCGGAGUGACUCUGGGCCAAAGGGAAGGCCUCAGCAGGGGAGAUGUAAAGAAGGUCAAUAAUAUGUACAAGUGCAAAAAAGAGGCCUACCCUACAAGCUUACCCUAUGGGUGGAAUCGAAUAAGGAGAAUGGGCCAUGGCUCACCGCGCGGGCCCGGUUUUGCGGGCUCGGAGCCUCAGAGCGGUUGGGUGGGGAAUAUUUUCCAGUCUCUGUUUGGCCACAAGAUGGCCAAUCCUCUGUGCAGGGCGUGCAUGGAGACUGAGGAGACAAGUACUCAUGUGAUACUGGAAUGCAGGAGCCUAUCAAGACAAAGGACUACAUAUCUAGGCAGCCCAAGGACACUAGUGGAGGCAUGUGGCAGAGUUCGAAAACUUACGGGCUUCCUGGAGGAGCUGGGCUGGCAGGACUAA